AGGGAGAUGAGGAGCCUAGGGGGGGUGGAUCUGAUGUUGAGGAUCGAAUGUUUGAGCCGGUGUCACCUACUAUUCUAGACCGGUGUACUUCACAAGUAACAAGUUGUUGCGCAGACAGUUGCAGCGGCUACAGAUGAUGAGGGUGGGGGGGGAUGUUGAUGUGGACACUGGUGAAGGGCAACACACCGGUCAGCGGAUGGUGGUCAAGAAACAAACAACAAUCACGAAGUGGAUCGACAAUGAAGCCCAAAAGAAGUUGGACAUUGCUUGGGCAGAGACAAUGUUCAGGGCAGGCAUUGCUUUCAACUUCCUGAACUUCGGCACAACACAGACUUUUCAUGAUGCGUACUUGGAAAUUGCCAAUGCAAGGCCGAAAGUGAAGUUGUCUACCUACAAGCACAUGCGGACGGUGAUGUUGGUGUAUGUGUACUUGAAGGUGCAAAAGGCACUCAACCCCAUGACUGUGUGUUGGGACAAAACUGGUUGCACGUUCAUCACAGACGGGUCUACUGAUCGGAAGAAUAGGCCGGUGAUGAAUUUCCUGACAGCAGGGAAGAAAGGAGCCGUUCUUGUGACCACUUUUCGUAUGACAGGGAGGAAGAAGAACGCAGUAACGUUGGCAAAGUUAUGGGAGCAAAUCAUGCGCGAGAUCGGGCUGCAACGCAUCAACGCCAUUUGUACCGACAACGCGAAGGUAAACAAGAAGGCGGCCCAGAUCUUGGAGAGGCGGACAAAUAGAGAUGUUGCGAGGAUACCUUGGGUACCAUGUGGAGUGCACUGCUGCAGCUUGUUGUUGAAGGACCUGAGCAAUCUUUCAUGGGUGAAGGACACCGUGAAGACGGCAACACCAUCGAUGGACGAGGAAGGAGUUAGUCCCACCAACCUCGUAGAGUUCGACGAUAUGAUUGCAAGGAAAUUGUCAAAUGUCGUCCUCACGAAGACGGAGAGGGAAGACGUUAUGGCAAAGGUGAAUGAUCGCGUGAAGAUGAUGAGACAACCCGCACACGCAGCUGCGUUUCUUCUCGAUCCACGAAGGAGAGACCCCAGUUGGCUGAACGAUCCAGACAACCCCCUCGUGCAAAACGCAAUGCGUUUCUUGAUGAGGCAGAUUGGGCGGACGUGGAAUUCAAAGCAGCAUGUUGACAUGUGGGAUUAUUUGUGGAAGUUCUUGAGAGAGCCUGUGGAAGGGGAAGUCCGGAAAGACGAACACAUGUGGACAGACCGUGCAAGAGAAGGAGCCAUGCGACGUGCACCUCAGGAUUGGUGGGGAUUACAUGGUGGAGAUAUCCCGGAAUUGCAGAAGAUUGCCAUCAGAGUGUUGGGAAUGUGGAGCACAGCCACACCUGCGGAGCGCAAUUGGGCUUCAAUGGACUUCGUUCAUUCGAAGAGGAGAAACAGCCUCUCGCCGGAGUCAUUGGAGAAACUUGUGUACAUUCAUUGGAACAUGCAGCUACUGCGCGUUCCAGACAACAAGGAGAAUGGCUACGUUGACACGUGGAGGUCCUUCUUCGAGCCGUUGAUGGAGCCGACAAAGGAAGAGCAGUCUGUUCAGGAGGGCACGAUGGACAAGACUGCAAACAAUGUGGAGGAGGAGAAGAGGCAACAGAGAUUGGCAAAGGCUCCGAAAGGACGGGUUCCAGAGGGGCUCGAAGAUGAGGACUCAACCGGGAGCAGCGACUUCGAGGAUCUUGUUUGUGUGGAAGGGAAGUGUUGGAACGAAUUCACUUCCGACGAGAGUGAUGACGAGGAUGACAUUGGCGAGGACUCCGAUUUCGAGUUGGGGGCAAAGCCAGCAGUCCCCGCCACUACAUACGUCAACGAGGAGGAAGCAGCGCGGGCCAAGGUUAUGGCGGACAGAGAUGCUGCUCUUGUUCAGAAGCGUACGCAGGAGGAGGAGGCUCAGCGUGCUGCUGUCCCAACCCGAAGGGAGAGAGAGAGACAAACGAGCCAGGUUGAGAAAGAGCACACACAUCACCUGAUCGACAACGUGGAAGAGGAGGCGGAUGUGCAUGCACCACAUGAAGGCUGUUUGCAGACUGUUGGAGAGGACCUUCCAGGAGUCAAGGGAGAAAAAGAGCAGCGGGAAAAAAAUGAGGAACAUGAAGAAGAAGAAAAUUUGCGGCAGGAGGGAGUUCACUUGACGGAGGCUGCGGGAGAGCAAUGUGAAGAACAGGGAAAAGAGCUGCGGCAACCACCACCCGCGGUGUACACACGAAGACUCCUGCCCCCUACACUGCAGCGGCCUGCAACGCUAGAGGAGCACCAGGAUCAGCAGGCUGUGGUUGGGGAAAAGCGGCAAGAACUGCAAGCAGCAGUCCGAGGAGCAGCACACCACAUUGCCAAGCCACCGUACCCUGCAGAGAACGAGGAUGCCCAACAUGAUAACCUUUGGAAAAGCAGGGCAGGGCGAAAGAGGAAAGCCCCGGUGGAUGAAGUCCCUGCAAAGCCGCGCCGAGAUCGAGACAGGCCCCCCAACCCAAAGGCGGGUGAUAAUGCUCGAAAAAAGAAACAGCGCGGUGCAUGUAGGCGCCACAAAGUCGAAGUUGCCGAGGAUGACCCCUCUUCGGAUGAGGGAGUGGGUUCGGUGUCCGAUGGGGAUUUGCAAUGCGCCUGCCACGUUUCAACGAGCGAUGAACAUGACGUUCUAGAACUUCUUCAACAAGACACGGCUGAUGCAGGGAAUGAUUAACUUCUGCGUGAUCGUGUACAUGGACGACAUCCUGGUCUAUUCGGAGACCUAUCACGGGUACGCGCAACACAUCG